GCCAUGGCGCAGGCGGAGGCCCCGCGGAGUCGCCGUGUGGGGAUCCUGGGCUACGGCCAGUUGGGGCAGUUCCUGGCGGGGGAGCUGCUGGCCCGGGGCCCCCCCCUGGGCUUGACCUUGGCCUUCGUCUGGGCGCGGGACGGGGGGCGGCUGGAGGGGCUGCCCCCCCCCCUGCGCCUGCCCGACCUGCGCCUGCUCCCCCAGACGGAGGUGGACCUGGUGGUGGAGGUGGCACAUCCCUGCGUGGCCCGGGAGCACGGCGAGGACAUCCUGGCCCACGCUGACUUCAUGCUGGGGUCCCCCACGGCGCUGGCGGACCCCGAGACCGAGCGGCGGCUGCGGGCGGCGGCGGCGCGGGGGGGACACACGCUCUACGUCCCCCGGGGCGCCCUGUGGGGCUGCGAGGACAUCCGGCGCAUGGACGACGCUGGCACGCUGGCCGCGCUGAAGGUGACGAUGACGAAGGCCCCCCAGAGCUUCCGCCUGCAGGGGUGGCUCCAGGAGCGGCUGGUGGCCGCGGUGGCAGCGGGGGGACGGGCUGUCCUCUACGAGGGUCCCCUGCGUCCCCUCUGUCCCCUCGCCCCCAACAACGUCAACACCAUGGCGGCCGCCGCGGUGGCCGCCCCCAGCCUGGGCUUCGAUGGCGUCCGCGCCUGCCUGGUGGCCGACCCCAGUGUCCCCGACUGGCACAUCGUGGAGGUGGAGGUGACGAGCGUGGGGGAGGAGGGCCGGGCCCUGAGUGUCACCAGCACCCGCCGCAACCCGGCGGCGCGGGGGGCUGUCACCGGCAGUGCCACCCGUCACGCCUUCUGGAGCAGCCUCAGGGCCUGCCACGGCCAUGGCGGAUGCGUCCAGCUCUGCUGAGGCCGCCGGGACCCGCGACAGCCCGGCGACAGCCCGGCGACAGCCCGCCGACGGCGCGGGGCGGGGGGGUGACAUUAAAGUCGGCGACAGCGGCACC